CUGACCCCAAAAAGAAAACUUUUGAAACAAUACUAGGUGGUGGGUACUUACAAGAUUCCAGAACAUUUCGUACAAACGAAAGACCCUAUGGUAACGUUCACGUAUGUAGGGCCCCUUUGACCACAAUCGAAGCAGAACUUAUUUUGGGGCCGAGACGCUAAUUCCCUCAACGUUUUCAGGUUGUUCUCGUCCUGUUUUUUACGCGACGAAGCCAUCCCAACACUACUCUUCAGGAAGGACGAUGUGAAAGUUUUUAAUGGAGAAAAACUUUUUUUCAGGAUAAAACCCAUUUUUUAUGACGCCGAAGCGAAACGAAAGCCUUUCUACACUGUCACGAAUAAUUCAACGAAAGAUUAAUACCAAAGAAGUAAGAACUGAUGGCAAAAUAGAGUUCAAAUGCUAGUAAGAAGGCACUCGAAUGUCGUCGUCAAAUUCCGCAAUGGACAUUGAUGGGCCCCUUGGAAGUGCCCCCGGCCCUCUGAAAAGGUCUUCCAGUGCCCCGAUGAUCAAUGAAGCUUCUGGUACCACAAUGUCGACCGCUAAUUCAAGCACUUCCACUCCCAGCAGCCAAGCCUCAUAUACCCAUAUAAGUGGUUUAGUGAAUAACACGCGAAAUCGACGUCACAGUGCAAGUUUCAGUCAAGUUCCAGGAUCUCCGGUAUCUGGUUUGCGUCGUAUUCAUCAAUUGAGGCAAGAAGAGCACGAUGUGGUAUCAAAUUCUAGGGAACUCGCUCAUGAAAAGGAGAUCCAUAACGCCAUGCAAAUUUCCCAAUCCUGGGAAGAUCUUUCAUUAUUGACCGAAUCUCCUGGUGAAUCAAAAAGCAGCCGCAUGGGACCUAUACACGUUAAUCUACCGCCCACUUCUUUUAUGUGCAAUUCUCCUUCUCCUACUAGGAGUUAUGGAUUUCAAAGUCCUACUAGAAGUCGGCAAACCUUUAUACGUCGCAGUGAAAGUCCCGUGCUGGUACUGAGGCCCAGCCCUCUAGGAGGUGCCAAACGCAAACUGGAUGACCGAGAUCAAGUUGAUUUUUCAGUGAAUCCGCGCCCGAAAAGGGUUUACAGUUACUCAGCUAGCGAUAGCCGAGGGUUGUUAACCACCACAACAAAUUCUUUGCCCGGUUCCUUAAGCUCUGUGGGAACUCCUGAGAGCCUUUCAAGCGCUGACUCUCCAGGGUCCGGCUUCACAUUUCGCGCAGUGGACAGUCCCUCUCCUACUCUACAGAACAACAGCAACAGCCAUGGGGAACCUAUGGUAGUGGGUAAGGGUGGUGAUCAGGAUAUGGCCGAGAGUCCUAGUUAAUUAUUUUUGGCUGGGUAAUGUGGUGAAAAACAUGUUUACGCUUUUUUAGUGCGGCUGAGGAGCAAAAUGUGGGUAUGGAAGGUUUCAAUUCCUAACUGAGUUGAUUUUGACUUUAGAGGAUUUUUAUUUUAGUUGCAUUUUGUCAAUAACGAAAUGUAAUGUCUGUCCAACAUAUUUGCAAAGUUACCUCAAAAAAAUAAUCCCUAUGUCUUAGAUAGAUAGACUCUUAUUUUUUGGGGAUUUCAAUUAUUUAAAAAAAAAUAAUAUUUAAAAUAAAACAAAAAACGCUCGAAAACGAUUCUUUUUUGUUACAACAUCGUGGUCAACAACAAGAAGCACGUGACAUUUGCAUUAAAAUCAAGCUUAUUGCGCACAAACAGUUUCUGAGUUUCUGAGCAAAUUUAGCUUAUGAUCAAAUUUAGCUCAGAUGUUAAAUGUUAUUAAGCUUUUUAGUGCACUUUGAUCGAAAUCAUGCCAUAGGCUUUUUGGGAUCACCCACAAAACAAUUUGAAACAAUUUUCCAUGCAUAUAAGAAUAUUUGAUGUAUUUUUGUAUCUGUUUCUGUAUCUCUCUAUAUCCACUGAAAUAUGUAGUAAUAAUUUUUGUCUACACGGACACUUACUCCUGCAGAUUUCGCAUCUUCGCAGUCCUUUAACAAAGAAUGCUGACUGGAAAAUUGAAAAAAAUAUAUUUGUACAAAACUUUUUUACUGUUUUGGGCCAACAAACUAUAAAGAUCCUCUAAAAUCAAAAAUAUGCAAUACCUUGGUACCCACCUACCUACCAACCUACCUACUUGUUUAGAAACGUUGAUCGAAUUAUUCCUUAAUGAAUACAUUUUCUAUAGUGUGGAAUUUUUAUCAGUUAAGGAAAAACAACAAGCAUUGAUUUUUUUUCAAAUGUUUCAAUAUCAUUUUAUGAAUUUACAAUUUACUGACAAUUAAAUUGUGCGUUAUAUUUAAGAUUUUGCAGCGCAAAAAAAAAUGGGUGCAACACCAAACAUUUAUAUUAUGUAAUAUGUAAAAAGUAGAUUAGUUAAGUUAUAAUUACCUAAUGGAAUUUCAAAGUAUAAUAUAAUAAAAUUCAUUGCUGCCAUAUUAUCAAAUUUAACUCUAUCAGCUGUUUCGUUUUUGCACAAACCUUUUUGGGACCAUAUAUUAGUUCCCUAACUCAAGUAACUUUUGGAAACUGAAACAAUUGUGUGGUAGUUUUUCAGAAAUUUAAAACUUAUUCAGCAGCUGAUAGGGCUAAAAAUUGGGAAAACAAAAUGAAGUAGCUCUAAUUCCUUUUGUUAAAAUAUUUAGAUUAAAAAAAAAAAAAUUCAUAUUUUUUUUUCAAACCGCCGAGGUUUCUUUUCUAGUGUGAUAAAAACAUAAAUAUGCCAAAAAAAUAUAGAGAAGUAUAGAAACUCACAUACAUAUUUUUGGAUUUGAAGAGGUGCUUUUUAAAAGCAUAUGAAUUUAUUGCAAAUUUUUUUCUAGUCUAAAAGAAUUUGAUUUAGGAUCUAAAACGUUUUAAAGGGUGCUGAUGUUUAUUUAUUUUUUUGAAAUGUGGAAAUACAUAAUGUACAAUCUUUAUAUUUUAAAAUAAAUGUCAGCUCAUUAAGGCUUAUUUAGACCAUUUCUACUUCUCCUUUUUAUUGUAAAAAGAUUUGUAUAUACAUAUUUAUUAUUAAGAUAUAAAAGAUUAAUUUCAAAAGUUGAUUGUGCAAAAUAUACAGAAAUUAGUUAUUUCGUUUUCUGUAGGUGUUUUUCUAUGCUGGGUGGUGCAAUGAACAACAUACUUUUUGAAAGUUUGCCAUUUUGAAGCUUAUUAAUAUGUAUUGGCUUUGGGUAUUAACGUAAAGUGAAACAAUAGAUUAGAGAGUUCUCGUGCCGUUCAAAUUUCAAAUACCG